CAGAACGAGUUCUAUAUCCGGAAUUUAUACAAGAAUAUCCUUACUCCACAACAUGAAAAUUACUCAUUUCAAGCUCGACCGCUUACCCCUGAUGAUUUUCAUUUAAGCAAAAUUACGAUUUCUGUCAGCAACACCCUUGAUGACGAAGACCAAGAUCAAGAUGACGUCCAAGCGACAUCUAGCAACUCUUCCAGAACUAAGCAGACAAGAAGAAGAUUGGAUAGUUCUGUCAAAGAGUUCUUGGAAAGUGUAUUCAUCAACCAUCCAUCGCCUAACCGGAAAGAACGUGAGUUAAUCGCAAAGAAAUGUGGAGUAAGUCCCUUGCAAAUCAGAGUCUGGUUUACUAAUAAACGAAUGCGACGGAAACAAACAAACUACAACAAUAAUAACAGUAAUGAUAAUGACGAGAUAAUAUAA